AUGGCCUCGAAUGCAGGACAUGAAAGCGAAGCCCCGUCCUUUGUGGGAGAAGGAAUCGUCGCACUCAGUGACGAGGACGAGAAAGUGGAGAGUGAAACCAGUGAAGAUGAGGUUGAAUAUGGUAAGGUCGGCGAAGGCUCAGCGCAGGGUGAUGAAAAGAGCAAGCGUUCGGCGUGGAGGGUCUAUACAUACGAGACUCUGAGAAGUCUCGUUACCGAAGCCAAAGGUGCUGCUUCCAGGCCAGUUCUCAGGUUCAUCAGAAGGCACCUCGCCGGUACAAAACUCAUACUUGUUUCCGGCGUAGCAGGUGCUGGGAAGACGACCAUACUCCAAGAGCUUUCAGGACUGGACCUCAAUGUCGGACACUCUCUGAGAUCAGGAACCUUGCAGUAUUACGUCUGCCCCGCUCUAAUUGACAAUGAGCAGUACCUGUUUGUCGACACUGCAGGCUUUGGGGCUUCCGAUGUGAAGGAUAUACCAAACAUGAGAGACAUUGUUAGCUGUCUCAGCACUCUGGGCCCAUUCGUCCGUGUUGCGGGUUUUAUCUAUGUCUAUGGAAAGAUGAACCCUCGCUUGACUGAAGAAGAUGCUAAGAUUAUGCAGUGGGUGCAAUGUUUCUGCGGCCCGCAAUUCUACAAGAACAUCACCAUUGUCACUACACAAUGGGACUCCUGGAGCAAGAAAAGCUUCAAGGAAGCCUGGAAAAGAGGAAAACAACUUGAACGUGAAACCGAAAUUGCGCGAAUUCUCAAUCCUCCCUACAGACUCCAUGGGGGAUUUCUCUAUCACCAUGGAGUUCUUAACGAUGACGUUUCAGCAAUUGAUGUUGACCGGCACGUUCUUGACAACGAGGACCAACUCCUUGAGCGAGAGGCACAAAUCAAACGUCUUAUUACGGAUCGAUAUGGGGCAUGCGAGACACCUAAACUUCAAAUCUUGAGCGAGCUGGCCGAAGGAAAAUCCGUGGAGGAGACUGAGGCUGCCAAAGUCCUUAUUGCGGCGCCAGGAACGACUGACAUUAAAACUAUCAACGACCGCAACAUUGUUUGCGGCCGGCCAGACGAUUCUGACACCGGUUCAAACCCAUUGGCGAUCCCCAAGCUGUUACCUCCCCCUGGUGGUAGAAAACCGCAAAACGAAAAGAAGGGAUGGUUUGACUCGGUCUUCGACUGGUUAGACGUGGCAAAGCAUAUCGCCUUGUUCUUCAUGAAGGCAAGACAGACCCCUACGUCACCAAAGCCCGAGAAAAGAAAAGCUUCCACGUGGUCUUUUCUGGACUCCGUCAAAAAUUGGUGGAGUGGUGCACCGCCAGAAAACGACUGA